UUCAGACGCGUCGCCAGCUGUCGGCCGGUCUCCCUGCUUCGGCCGUGGUGACGCGACACUGGCCAUCUCGGCAGGGCCGACUCGGCCAGGUAACCUCACAUGACCCAGGCCUGACCUAGCUCGACCCCGGCGGCUCAUCCGCCGCCUGUCCGCCUGUUCAGACCGCUGAGCCCUUCCUGUCCACCUGCCCUGGUCACUGGGCGCUCCGUUCUCGCCUGGCCUGGCCGCUAAGUCCUCUCUGUCAGCCUGUCCUGUCGUCUGACUCUGGUUUCCGCCGAGGCGCGCCGCGCUUGCCCCCCGGCCGCUGCGCCCCUGUCCCGGCAUGACGCCCGUCUGGAGCCUGGUCCUGCUGCUGGCGGCGCCGCUCGCGGUCGCUGGGCCCUGCAGGGAUGAUUUGGGCGGUCUGCAUGCCAACAACACCCACUACUACAACGUGCCGGACCUGGUGCGCCGCUGUCGCAUCUACAGCUGCGUGGACGACCAGGCCGUGCUGCUCAAAGACAGCUGCAAUAAGACAGCCGACCCGCCGGCCAAGUUCAGCCGUCUGACCACCUCAGCGGUGUGUACGGCCUCCAACGGGCGGCGCUACUACGACAGGCAGACGUGGUGGGAGACCCUGGCCAAGCCGUGCACCCAGUACGUGUGCCGCGGCGGCCAGCGGGCCGUCCAGCAGGCUGUCUCCUGUCCGCCAGUCGACCCCAGCUGCACCAGCCAGGAGGUGUUCGGCAAGUGCUGCCCCAAGGAGACCGACUGCGGAGCCUCGAAGACCUGUUACACGGCCAGCGAUGAGGAGAUCGCCGAGGGCGCCACCUGGUGGGAGAGCUCGCGGAAGCCGUGCACGCAGUACCAGUGCCGGGCCGGCGCCCCGGUCCACAAGAUGACUGUCACAUGUCCGCGACUGGCCGCGCGGUGUCGGCCGCAGACCGUGUACGGCCGAUGCUGCCCCACCUGCGCUACAUCUGUGGCGGGAGCGGCCGCCUGCCGGAGCACCAGCGGCCGCGUCUACAGCGAGGGCCAGACGUGGUGGGAGUCGGCGCAGCGGCCCUGCCGCCGUUACAUCUGUCGGGCGGGACGCAAGAAGCUAGAACACACCAUCAGCUGCCCGACCCCCAAGCCGCGCUGCCGGACGGUGCCCAGCUACGGGCAGUGCUGUCCCACCCAGACCCAGUGCGACGACGACACGCGGCCCUGCACGUGGAACGGCACGUACCGUCCGCACGGCUCCCAGUGGCAGAUCGACGCAUGCACGGUGGGCACGUGCAGGCGCGGCGUAGUGCAGCGCACCCCGGUGCAAUGUCCGCCGCUGCCACCCGGCUGCCAGCUGGAGCGCGAUCCAGCCACCUGCUGCCCCCGCUGCGCCGCCACCACCCCCGACCAACCGUGUCUGGUUGCUGGCUCCAGUUACCAGCACAACCAGACGUGGGGUGAUGAGUGUGCAGCUCACCUUUGCAACAAUGGCAAGGUCAUAUCGCAGUACUCAGAGUGUCCUCCUGCACCCAGGGCGACCUGCGCCCCGGUGCGGCGGACCGGCUCAUGCUGCGUGCGCUGGUCAUGCGAGACCACCAAGUACUGGGGCCACUGCAGGCCGGACGGCGGCGCGGCGCCGUCCAUGCUCUGCUACGAGCCCGGGCCGCAUGAGGGCCUCUGCACCGUCAGCGACCGCCUGUUGGACCGCGGCUGCUGCCCUACAUUCGACUGCCUCGGAGACUGUCUGGACACCAACCGGACGCGCCACCCGCACGACUCCAGCUGGCAGCAUGGCUGCUCCACAUACCGCUGCAGCGACGGCGUCAUCAGCACCACCACGCAGAGCUGUGCGCCGCCCGUGAACCAGCACUGCCGGCUGGUCAGCUCGACUGACUGCUGUCCCAGCUACGACUGCGGCUGUGAGGACGGCGGCCAGCGGAGGGAGGACGGCGCGCUCUGGACGGCCGGCUGCCACCAAUACUCGUGCAAGCACGGUCAGGUGGAGUCUCGCCGCAUCGCCUGCGCGCCGCCGCCGCGGCCCGACUGCACGGCCGGCCCGCCCGGCCCGCCGGACUACUGCUGUCCCCAGUACAAGUGCAGCUGCGCCGCCGUUCUGUGUGCCGCGCCACCCACCGAGCCCGGCUGCCAGGCCACGGGCACCAGCGACGACGGCUGCUGCACGCUCUUCAGCUGCGCCGGAGAUUGCAAGGACGAGCAAGGGCGCGUGCACACGGAGGGCUCUAACUGGUCCGUCAAGUGCACCAAGUACCACUGCGCCGGCGGCAGCAUCAGCCAGGUUUACGAGCCGUGCCCACCGCCGCCGCAGCCCAGCUGCACCAAACGCUACCUACGCCCGGAUGACUGCUGCCCGGUGUACGACUGUCCGGCGCAGAAGUGCGUGCCCGGGGAGCACACGUUCGACGGCUGUAACCACUGCACCUGCCUGCCGCCCGGCACGCUUGUCUGCACCAGGCGGGAUUGCAGUCCCUCAGGAUGCUCACAUCACACCGGCUACCACAAGCACGGCGCAGACUGGGUCGACCGCAACAGACCCUGCAUCAAGAUGUCCUGCAGAUACGGCACUAUCCUCUCCUCAAUCACGCAGUGCCCACCGCCUCCUGGCCCCCUGUGCGCCGAGACGCCGGUCCCCGGCGAGUGCUGCCCCCGCUGGGACUGCACCUCCAGCCCCUGCCCAGCCAAUUACACCGACGUCACCUGGGAAGACGACUGCAACGUCUGCACCUGCAACAGCGCCGGCGUUGUCUGUACCGAGCACAUCUGCCCAAAACAGUGCGUGGUGGCGGGCACCACGUACGAAACUGGUGACGUCAUCAUCGGCGCAGACCGCUGCAACAAGUCAACGUGCAUUGACGGAGUGGCCGUCUCCGUUCUGGAUGAGUGCAAGAGGCCGCCCAGCUUUCUAUGCAGGGAGAUAGCCGAGCCUACCGGGGACUGCUGCCCGAGCUGGGAGUGUCAGGCCGUGCCGGGCAUGUCCAGCCCCUGUCGUCUGGGCCAGAUCUACCAGAGCAAGACCGAGUGCGUCUACUGCGAGUGCGUUCCGCAGCAGAAUGCCGGCCCCCUCUCGCAAACCGUGCUCUGCUCCAAGAUGGACUGCACCAGUGCCGGCUGCUGGGACGCCAGUGCCGAACAUGUGCACGGCAGCGUCUGGGCCACGCCCAACCCCUGCAAGCACCGCGCCUGCGUCAACGGUCACAUCAAGGAGAUGGAGGUGCGGUGCCACCCACCGCCUGCCGACAACUGCAGGCCGCUGCUGGACGACAGCAGAUGCUGUCCGAUCUACCACUGCGCUGACACGUGUAAGGACGGUGACACCUGGACCAGCGACUGCAACUCGUGCUACUGCCGGAGCGGCCUGGCUGUCUGCACAGAGCGUCUCUGCAGCAAUUGCACGGAAGGCGAGACGUGGAAGAUUGAUUGCAACACUUGCCAAUGCAUCCAGGGACUGGCAGUCUGCACACAAAUUGCGUGCGCCGAUAGUACCGGCAAUGACUCGUGCGUUGAAGGAGACAGGUGGGAAGUCGGCUGCAACACCUGUGUGUGCGUCGAUGGUCUGCCGGCGUGUACUUUGCUAGAAUGCCCCUCGGAAAACUCCGCAGGCUGCCCGAGCCCGGUCAGACCUCUGGUGCUGCCUGAACAGCACCCCAACGGCACGUGCACCGGCCCCGCCGACUGCACCGGUGCCUUCACGGGCUGCUGCGACGGCCGCUGCGUCACCCUCUCCCAGAAGGCGACGUUUUGCCCGGUCAGCACUGACAUCGUCGGCUGCCCGCUGCCCAAGUUCGCCUGCUCGGAUGACCACCAGUGCCCCGGCGCGCUCAAGUGCUGCCCGCUCGCUGCCUGUGGAGGCCUGGUCGCCUGCGUUUGACUGCGUCCUGCGUGUCGACCAUCGACGUCGUCCUGCGGUCCUAGACGGCCCGAGGGCGCGCUGCGGCUCACGCGGACAAGAGCCUUGGCUGGGCGGGCACGAGAAGGCGCCGGCCGAUGCCUGCUGGCAUUGAUGGCUGCAACGAUAUAGCAGUGUGUAGUUUGUAACCAGCCCAAGGCGACCAGCUGAGAACGCUGAAGCCGUCAGCAUCCGUGCUCUUGUUGAUUGCAGGAGUCCGCCAGCGGCCAGACCUUAGUAGUGCUGUCAGCAUGUACGAUAGCUCCUGUUUGUUUUCAGUUCGCACACCCUGUUGGUGGAAAAUUGGUUUGGUAUGGUCUCCCCCCCCCCCCCAAACGUGUACUCUUUGAAAUCGCUCCCGCACCCCUCUGUACAAGUAUUGACAAUAAAAGUAAGGGCGUGGCACUCCCGCGUUCCCUGG